GUUGAUCCCAAAGUUGAAGCUGAAUCUUGGAUUUGUAAUGGCUGGUUUUAAUGAUAACGUUGCUGUAAUGGGAGAGUGGUUAGACUGUACUCCUUACACCAGGAAGAGAUCAAAAGCGGAACUUGAUAGAGAGGUUUCUUUAGAAGACAUCAAGAAUAAGGACUUUCUGCAAAACAUCUCUCAAGAGAAACCGUGGUGUUCACGAGGUGGUCUUAGUGAAAGGCUUGCUGCGAGAGCCGGGUUUAAUGUACCGAGGCUAAACACUGAGAGUAUUCUUCAGUCUCCAUGUUUAACCAUCUCUUCUCCUGGAGUUAGCCCUGCGACUCUGCUAGACUCUCCGGUUUUCCUCUCAAACCCUUUGCCAUCUCCAACAACCGGGAAGCUCUCAUCACUACCUUAUGGAAAAGCUAAAGAUGAGUUCUUUGACGACAUUGCCACAUCCUUAGCCUUUCACCAAUCCAUUCCAAGAAGGAGCCUUGAUUCUACAGUAGAGCCCGAUGAGUCCCAAGACUACGAGCAAACACAGCCCGGCGGUUUAGGAGACUCGGCGCCUAGUGGUGCAGCAGCAGAUGAUGGAUACAACUGGAGGAAAUACGGACAGAAGCUAGUUAAAGGAAGCGAGUAUCCACGUAGCUAUUACAAGUGCACACACCCGAACUGUGAGGUGAGGAAGAAGGUUGAACGGUCUAGGGAAGGUCAUAUUACAGAGAUCAUAUACGCAAAGGCUCAUAAUCAUCCGAAACCUCCACCUAACCGCCGCUCAGGCAUUGGAUCAUCCGGUACAGGGCUUGACAUGCAAAUAGAUGGAGCUGAGCAAGAAGGUUUUGCUGGAACCAAUGAGAAUAUAGAAUGGACAUCACCUGUAUCCGCAGAGCUCGAAUACGGUAGCCUUUCUGGAUCAAUGCAGGUUCAAUGCGGGACUCAGUUCGGGCAUGGUGAUGCUGCAGCUGAUGCCUUCUUCAAAGAUGAUGAUGAAGAAGAACGCACGUCCCACAUGAGUGUUCCCCUGGGUUACGAAGGAGAAGUAGAUGAAUCCGAGUCAAAGAGAAGGAAACUCGAAGCUUAUGCAACGGAGAUGAGUGGAUCGACCAGAGCCUCCCGUGAGCCAAAAGUAGUGGUGCAGACCACAAGUGACAUUGACAUCCUCGAAGAUGGUUAUCGCUGGCGCAAGUACGGCCAAAAAGUCGUCAAAGGAAACCCGAAUCCAAGGAGUUACUAUAAAUGCACAGCUAAUGGAUGUAUCGUAACGAAGCAUGUGGAGAGAGCUUCUGAUGACCUCGCGUCCGUACUAACCACUUACAUAGGCAAGCACACCCACGAAGUACCAGCAGCACGCAGCAACAGCCACGUCAGUUCAGGGACCAUCCAAGGCGGUUCAGCGACUCAGACCCACAACCACCAUGUGCAGUAUCCAGCGCCACGCAGCAGAUCCGAGGGACUGGUCACAGCCAACUCAUCCCUAUUCGACUUCCAGCAACACAUGAGGCCUCCUUCGGGUUUCUCGGUUUACGUAGGCCAAAGUGAGCUUUUGGAUCUUUCAAUGCCUAGUUUAGCUAUCGGGCAAGAGAGGCUUCCCGGCCUGCCAGGGCCUGAUGACAUUGGUGAUGCAGCCGGGCUGAUGUUACAGUUGGCAGCAGAGCCGAAGGUGGAACCAGGGUCACAGCAGGGACUUGGAAUGUCGACGAGCUCAUUGAUAUACAGAGAUAUAAUGAGUAGCCACAACAUAAGGACAACGAAACCAGUACACGACAAGCUAAAUAAAACAGUUGCUCAGCGCUUCUACAACUUCACUGGUCUUAUCUUUUCUGCUCCAUACUUUUCAUCAAUGGCUUCUCUUAUCUCUUUUUUUCCUCUCCCAAAACCAAAAGCCGUAAGAAACUCAACAAUUUUAGCUCUUCAGACCAAAACAAUAAUCGAAGGGCUUGAAGAGAAAUUUGGACGAAAAGGCAUAAAGUUCUCUGAACGAAACAACGUUCCCAUGGUCGAGCUUAAGGUCAGAAAUGGGAGUUCUUUAAAGCUGAGUCUAUCAGACGCUCAUGUGGUUUCAUAUAAGCCUAAGGUAUACUGGAAAGACGACGGGUUCGAGGAAGUCCUUUACACAUUUGAUAGUGAUAAAGGCAUAGGUGGUGGAGUUGGUCCUGUUAUUGUAAACGGAGAACAAGCAACUUCGGUAAUCUCAGGUUGUAAUUGGAGUGUCAAGGACACUGAUUCAGACGCCGUUGAUGCGCUUCAGAUCGAACUGAGCUGUACGGCUGGGUUUCUUGACAUAACCUAUAUCAUAUCUCUCUACCCUGUAAGCAUGGCUACAGCUCUGGUGGUGAAAAACAACGGACGCAAGUCGGUUACCCUUAAACCGGGUAUUAUGAGUUACAUGAGAUUCAAGAAACGGAAUGGGGCUGGGAUUCAAGGGCUUAAAGGAUGUUCUUAUUGUCCCGACCCUCCUUUACCAUCGCCUUUUGAACUCCUCUCUCCUUCCGAGGCGAUGAAGGCAGAAUCGCCCGGGUGGUUAGGGUCAGAAGAAGGCGAAAAGCCGGGGAUUUGGGCAGUAGAAGACUCUGUGAUUACACUUCUUGAGAACAAGAUGAGUAGAGUCUAUGGUGCUCCUCCGGGUGAGAGAUUAAAGCCUGUCUAUACCACUCCCCCAUCUAAAUAUGAAACCAUCGAUCAGGGAAGAGGAUUGUUCUUUAGGAUUAUAAGGAUAGGGUUCGAGGAUAUCUAUGUGGGAUGCCCAGGAUCAAUGUGGGAUAAGUAUGGGAAGCAAAGUUAUUUCGUGUGCACCGGUCCCGCUUCUAUGCUCGUUCCCAUUGAUAUCGGCGCUGGCGAGAGAUGGAGAGGAGCAAUGGUAAUCGAGCAUGAUAAUUUGUAAAUUGCAUUUACCAUAGUAAUACUUUCUUCAACUUUUUUCCCUUUUAUGUUUUAUUUUUUAAUUUAGUCACUCUACAACCACCAAAUUAUUCUUAUUCACAAUAACAAAUUAUUGCUUUAUACCACAGUACUAUAACCAACAAAGUGUUCUUAUAUAUCAAAUUAUAUACUCAC